UCCGGGACGUCGCCUUAUUCAGGCGUUUGCCGAGAACAGUCCGCGCAGAGCGGGGUCAAAGGGGUGGCCGCUGAUCGCACUUCGACGCAAGCGCAGUGCGCACAGGUCCUGAGUGGCGCGUGCGUGGUGGUGUGCGAACAGCGGCGCCAUGGACGACGAGGAGGAGACCUAUCGGCUCUGGAAAAUCCGCAAGACCAUCAUGCAGUUAUGCCACGACCGGGGCUACCUGGUGACCCAGGAUGAGCUGGAUCAGACCUUGGAAGAGUUCAAAGCCCAAUUUGGGGACAAGCCAAGUGAAGGGCGUCCACGGCGCACUGACUUGACCGUGCUGGUGGCCCACAACGAUGAUCCCACAGACCAGAUGUUCGUCUUCUUCCCAGAGGAGCCCAAGGUGGGCAUCAAGACCAUCAAGGUGUACUGCCAGCGCAUGCAGGAGGAGAACAUCACCCGCGCGCUCAUUGUGGUGCAGCAGGGCAUGACGCCCUCCGCCAAGCAGUCUCUGGUGGACAUGGCGCCCAAGUACAUCCUGGAGCAGUUCCUGCAGCAGGAGCUGCUGAUCAACAUUACCGAGCACGAGCUGGUCCCUGAGCACGUGGUCAUGACCAAGGAGGAGGUGACAGAGCUGCUGGCCCGAUAUAAGCUCCGGGAGAACCAGCUGCCCCGCAUCCAGGCGGGCGACCCUGUGGCCCGCUACUUCGGGAUAAAGCGAGGACAGGUGGUGAAGAUCAUCCGGCCCAGCGAGACGGCGGGCAGGUACAUCACCUACCGGCUGGUGCAGUAGCCAGAGCGGUGGCGAGGCUUCAGUCUCCUUGGGGGUCAGCACUGCGCAUGGCCCUGUCCUGUUGGCAUCUGCCUGGCUUCUGUGGCUAGAGACAGAGGGACGUGGGCAUGUCUGGGUCUCUUCCGUGUGGAGACCCGCCCAGCCUAUUUGCUGCCGAUGCCCAGGGUACCUCGUCAAGGUGCGGGUUCCAGCUGCUGUGUCUGGCUGAAGCCUCGGAAAGGACAUGGUGCUGGCUUAGGCAGCCACCGGUGACAACAGAUGAGCACCCGGAGUGGAGCUCCUGGUCCCCUGGUGUGGGCUGCCCAGUGUGCCUGUGGCCUGUCCCCACUCGGACCGUCCCCAACAAGCACACUGCGACCCAGGCUCUGAGGUCCCAGCCCGAUCAAGUUCUCAGUUGCCAAGGGACAUGGAGCGUGUGGGAAACGAAGCUGCUCUUCGUGAAUAAACUCCCCAACACCA